UUCUCUGCGCAACAGUCACCAGUAACUUGAGAGAUAUUACACGCAACUUUUGUGUCAGUCCUUUAUUUCAUUCCUUGGCGAGUUCACGCGAGUUUCUUGGGUCUCACAACAUGUACAAGCUAGUCUACCUGUUGAUGGCAAUCGGCCAAAGUUUGGGCAAAGAAAGGUCAGAGGGUUUAGUGAUUUUUCCUGAAGGCAGUCGUCAGGUGGUUCGACAAGGUGCCAAUCUCACCAUCACCUGCACCUACGACUACCAAGACGACGCUGGUCAAAAAUUGAACGACAUUACGUGGAUUCUACCCGACGCCCUGGCAAAGAAUAAUCCGUUGAGUCAAGGCGUCAACGACCGCCUUCGCAACACGUUCGAUAGAAACCACACCCACAUGACAUCGACGUUGACACUCGAGAAUCUUAGAACAAAAGAUACGGGGUAUUUCACAUGCAAUGUUCACUCUGCCCUGCAUUAUGAGUCGUACAGACAAAAACAAUACGUCUACGUUUACAGUGAUGCAGAUUACGUCAUCAUAGACGAUAACGCCUAUCAAGAAUACAGUUCGAAACAAGGCGAUUCCAUUCAAAUCCCUUGCAGGCCCACCCACCCAAACGUCACGUUCCAUCUGAUCCGCAAUUCUCAAAUCACUGCAAAGGGCUACAUAUGGGAACGCUCCGAAAAUUUGUUAUCUGAUCCGGACUCUAAAUGGAAUUUGGACCCUGAACGCGGACUGUCGCUGAAAGACACGACCAUCAGCGACACUGGCCAGUAUCAAUGCGUCGGGACUAUGAAUAAUGUCUCAGACUGGGAGUAUUUUCAAAUUUAUGUCAAAGGGAUCGAACUGGUGAGAAUUGGUGAUGCAGACGAUCCACUAGAGGGGAGUAACAUUACUUUAAUCUGCCGCACUCACGUUCAACGCGAGUUUGCUUCACCACCGGAAUGGGCCUACCAGUUAAUCGACGUCACCGGAGAAACGCUCAAAGUCAUUAACGGUACAAAUACAGACGAAGAGAGCCCAAUCAACGCUGGAUAUUACGACGAUCUGGAUUCCCAUCACCAGUCAUCAAAGGCGGCCUUUUACAGUCGAGAACGAACGUGGAGAUAUUACGAAAGCAGACAAGAGCUAAUCGACGUAGCCCUCAACACCAACAUAACAUUUCAAUGUAAAGCCAAUAAAGAUAAAGAAAUCAUGUUCAAAAAGAUUUCUUUUCGAGUCAAAGAAAUUAAUAACGAACCAGUGUUAAAUUUCAUCCACUUGGAUAAGGCAAGACCCAAGAACUUGACUUGCGUCAUUUCCCUCCAAAGAAAUAAAAUGUUAUGGUUCAAGGACGACAAAGAAUAUCCGGGACGAGUACAUUCAUCUGGAAAUGUGUCAAUCUUGCCGCUAAAUGGAAUUGUGAACGAAAUAGGGGUGUACUCAUGCCGGUGGAAUAACAGCCUUGGACAAUCAAGGUUCAGAAACUUCACCGUUUUUCUCGGUAAUUCAAACGGUUUAACAAACGCAACAGCCAUCCCCCUCUCUGCGAAUCUGGUUGCUUUGAUCGUGAUAAUCGGAAUCGGAAUCAAACUCUACCUCGACAAGAAGCGGCAAGUGUUUCCAAAAGCAAAGAAAUUACUGGAAGGAAAUGUCAACCCUCCCGUGAGUCAGCAAUUGUCGAUGGAAGAUCAGAUCGAAGCACUACCCUACGACAAGCGUUGGGAAUUCCCCAAACACCGCCUAACACUUGGAAUACAGCUGGGAGCUGGAUGUUUUGGACGGGUAGUUAAAGCUGAAGCUGUAGGGAUCGAAGGGUCCGGAGAACACGCUAAAACGGUGGCAGUCAAAAUGGUCCGUUCGCAAACGAACGUUGCCGCCCUAGAAGCGCUCGUGAGUGAAAUGAAAAUUCUCAUGCACUUGGCAUCGCAUUUGAAUGUCGUCAACCUUCUCGGAGCUUGUACCAAAGAUAUCGACAAAGGAGAACUGUUACUAAUCGUCGAGUACUGUCGGUUCGGAAACUUACAAGCUUAUUUGAUCAAUCACCGGGAAAACUUUAUCAAUCUAAUGGACGACUUUGGAAACAUGAAAUCGGAUAACGAAGCGGACCAAAUAGUUAGUAGCGUUUGUAACGGUAAUGUGGAGGGAACCCGUCUGCAACUCAAACCGAAAAAACCGCCAGACACUAUUAAAAACGGCACGGAAAUGACCCAGCAAAUGGCGCCACCUUUAGAAUUAAUUUACGAUCCUCAAGAGCCAAAGUCCUUUUGGCAUUACCAACAAGAUCCGGAUGCCACCUUAAUUCGAUCCGUUUCCACUCGCGAUUUGAUUUCGUGGUCUUUUCAAAUAGCUCGAGGAAUGGACUAUUUGGCCAGCAAAAAAGUUCUCCAUGGCGAUCUGGCAGCUCGUAACGUUCUGCUAGCCGAUGAUGGAGUUGUCAAAGUGGCUGAUUUCGGCAUGGCUCGUAAAAUGUACCUGGAAGGCAAUUAUGAGAAAAAAGGACAGGGAUUAAUGCCAAUCAGAUGGAUGGCCAUAGAAUCUUUAACUGAUCGUAUAUUUUCUAGCCAAUCUGACGUUUGGUCUUAUGGCAUUCUCCUCUGGGAACUGUUUUCUCUGGGCAAAGUUCCAUAUCCAGGAAUGGAAGUGGGCAGUCAACUUCUGAAAGAAAUUCAAAGCGGAUAUCGCAUGGAGAAACCCGAAUACGCCACAAAUACAAUGAGCAAAGUCAUGACGGACUGCUGGAAAACGGACCCAAAAGAGCGGCCGACUUUUCGUCAACUCCAGGAAAUGAUACACGACCACAUCGAGUCGUCUGUCAGCUCUGAUUAUUGGAGUUUGAAUUUCCCCUACGCCAAACUGAGCGAGGAGAAACGUCAAAGCUCUUGCACAGCAGAAAGUUCGGGACUAGCAAAGCAGUUCAGCGAUAACAUAUUCAAAAAGAAGUCUAGAGCUCUUUCUCUACCCGCAGAAGAUGCUUAAUUAUGUAACACGAUCAAAGUAUGAACGAGGACGUUGCACUUAUGAUGACGUUCGCGAUUUUACAAAGCCUGACAUUUACUUGCAAGGCGAAAGUAUUUAAACAAAUGAAUUCAGACUUACCCGAUAU